AUGGCGACCGGAGUUUCGGUUGCUUCGGUCCCAGUAUGGUACUGUUACGGUCGAAACAAUCUACUUGCCAGAAAACCCAUCACCCAUACUAGAAGCCCCGGUUUUGGUUUGGUUUCAACAAAGAAGAGACGCGUGGUUAUGGAAAAGAGAACAGAGCAUGAAUAUACAGAGAAAGCCUUGGAACACACCGAGAGAUCAAGUGUUGUAACUCCAAGAGUUUCAGAGAGAUUAGCACGAAAGAGAUCAGAGAGAAAAACUUACCUUGUUGCUGCAAUCAUGUCCAGCCUGGGAGUCACUUCAGCUGCUGCCUUGGCUGUUUACUACAGAUUUGCUUGGCAAACAGAGACUGGGGAGUUUCUGGUUCCAGAGAUGAUUGGCACAUUUCUUCUCACUAUGGGAUCUGCUGUGGGGAUGGAGUUUUGGGCAAGGUGGGCACAUAGAGCUCUGUGGCAUGCACAAUUGUGGCAAAUGCAUGAGUCUCACCAUCGACCAAGGGAUGGUGCUUUCGAGCUCAACGAUGUGUUUGCUAUAACCAAUGCUGCUCCUGCUAUUGCUCUCCUCUCUUAUGGUUUCUUCAACAACGGUCUUUUUCCCGGACUAUGUUUUGGUGCUGGGUUAGGGAUCACAAUUUUUGGGAUAGCAUACAUGUUUGUGCACGAUGGCCUCGUUCACCGUCGAUUUCCGGUCGGACCAAUCGCCGACGUCCCUUAUUUACGAAAAGUUGCUGCCGCCCACCAGCUUCAUCAUACAUACAUAUUCAAUGGAGUGCCAUAUGGGUUGUUCUUGGGACCCAAGGAAAUAGAAGAGGUUGGAGGCAUGGAAGAAUUGGAAACGGAGAUCAAGCGGAGAAGCACCAAGAUUACUAUAGCCAAAAGUUGACAUUAUUUGAAGUGAUUGCUUAAUUUCUCAAAAUUCAUUACAGAAAAGAUUAGGUUAGGAAGUUUCAAACUCCACCUGCAACAAUAGACGUGCAAGCAAAGUUCUUUAAUCUCCAAGGCUUUUAGCAGCUUCUAUAUUUGGAAAGCUCUUGAGUCAAGCAACAGCACAAGAAGACUGAAUGUGACACAACCCAAGUCUCUAGCUAGCAGCUCCGCCCUCAAACUGUACUUACUGUAGCAACA